AUGACCACAACGAGGGUAGAAAGGAAAGGAGUGGUGUAUCCUAUGGUUACAGUUGACGUGAAUGGUGUUAAGUGCCGAGCAUUGUUGGAUACGGGAGCCGGAAGUUCCUACGCUGCAUCAACGCCUCUGGACUGUUUACAUUUGCGCCCUAUCCGUCAACAAUUCAAGCGCAUUGAAAUGAUGUUUGGUACUUCAAACAAAGCGAUAGACAUCUAUGGCCUACAAAUUCGAAGCGUUGAUGGUAAAUUCACUCUGGAAGCCGAAGUAAACAAAGUCGACCGCAAAAAGUUGUUGACAUUGGAAAACCCAAAAUGCGCAGAAAUCGUAGGUCAGUUUUCUCAUUUGAAGGGCGUAACCACAAAUGAUAACGACGAGGAAGCGAUGUUGCCCGUUCAUCUGAUCCUUGGAACAAACGAGUACGCUAAGAUCAAAACAGGGGCAAGACCAAGAGUUUGGCGCUCGGGAGAACCAGUAGCAGAAUAUACGAAGUUCGGCUGGACGAUCUUGUCACCUGGAACGAAGUUGGAUCUCAGCAACAUGUUAUUAACGCAGAAUUCCGCAAUUGAUUACGAUUGUGAAGGUUAG